AUGCCUGGCGGAAAGGGAAAGUCUAUCGGUGGAAAGGGUGAUCCCAAGGGUUCGGGGAAGGCUCAGAAAUCCCACAGCGCGAAGGCCGGCCUGCAGUUCCCUUGCGGUCGUGUUAAGCGUUUUCUGAAGAACAACACUCAGAACAAGAUGCGCGUUGGGGCCAAAGCUGCCGUCUAUGUUACCGCCGUCUUAGAAUAUCUAACUGCUGAAGUUCUCGAACUCGCCGGUAACGCCGCCAAGGAUCUAAAGGUCAAGCGUAUCACCCCUCGUCACUUGCAACUCGCCAUCCGUGGAGACGAAGAGUUAGAUACCCUUAUCCGUGCGACCAUCGCUUUCGGAGGUGUCUUGCCGCGAAUCAAUCGUGCGCUAUUGCUCAAGGUCGAGCAGAAGAAGAAGAAGACGGAAGCGUAA